AUGUCGGCCGUCUCUGGUUCGGAUGCCUCCGUAGGCUCUACCCUUCCUUCGAGCAUCUCGGGAGUGGGAGAUCAGCCAAACGCGUCCUCCAUCGGCCACAUCAACGAUACGCCAGCCGAUAUCAAGUGGCCCGAUCAGACCGACCACGAUAUUAUCGAGAGACGAGUUGCACAGGGCACACAGGGAGGGCCCAAAAUGGCCAUGGCACCUCUGGAAAACUUUAAUUUCAAAUGCCAGCCGUAUGAUCUGAUCGUGGGCUUUCUGGUCAAAGGUGUUCUGCACGUGUGGCGGUUACACAGGGAAGUCGUAUACGCGAGAUGCUAUGCCGUCAAAUUCCACGGAAAGCAGGAUUUGGAGCGCAAAUACGCUCGAGGCUUGUGUCGUUUCAACACCGCCCCGGUGACGAUUGUGGUGGUUAUCCCGAACACCUGGGCUCCCCUUGGCAUCAAACACCUCCAUCACAUGUUCAGAACCGGUCCCAGCGUCACUCUUACACCGAGGUUUACUCUGCAAGACUGCUUGACCUGCAUCAAAUUGGGCCACUGGCUCAAUGAUACAUUGCUUCAAGCAUACGAAAGAGGAAUGGGUGCUUUCCUCAACGAGAGGCUUACGGCCUGGCUGUCUGCUUAUCCCGCGCCACCGCAGGGACAGCAGUGUUCGUCCGAUGAUGUUGCAUGCGUUUUUGCCCGCCUUGCGUCGAGAUCGUGGUACCGCGACAUGCUAUUUGGUGAGUGUCUCGACGACCUGCGCAUUCUUCUAGAGAAGAAACACCAGCUGCUGCUGAGAGAAUCUGCGUGGGCUCGGCGCGUCGAGGAGGUCCCGGAGCUUGGCGUUUUGAUGGGUAUGGAUUUGAUUGAGCUUUGA